CUCACUAUAGACAGUCAACGAAAACUGAUCCGCCUUGCUCAUCUUGACACACAAGGCAUAUACCCAGCUUGCCCAAAUGCAAGGCUGAACCUAUAGCCUUGGGUUGCAGGCUUAGUUCUCCUGGUGGUACUACUUGGAUUUAGGAAAACUGGACUUCAGAUCUUGCCACAAUGAGCUCUUGAAAUUGAGGGAGGCCAUCCAGGCCAAAUUUCUGCUCUUCCGGGGCAAAUUUCUGCCUCCCAGUUAGGUUUUGGUUAGCCCAUCUGCAAAGCAGAGAUAAUCCAGCGCUGCUACAAGGAGAAAUAUAAAGAUAGGGCUUAGAGCCAGGAUGACUCUUGAAUGUGGGUUGAUGAGGGGGCAGGGGCAGUGGAGCUGGUGGUUGUCCUCAAGCUGUGGUUUGAGAUUUCCCGAAGUCAUCUGGUGAUCACCACAGGAAAGAGGAUGUUGGAUUAGAAAUGGAGAGGGCCUUUCAGAAGUGUUAGACUACAGUGCUCGUUGGUUGCCUGGGAACAAUGACAAUUGUAGUCUGUCAGUCUGGAAGACAUCAAGUCAGAUGAUGUCUGACUUAACUGGAGGGAUCCAUUUCAGUUCCAUUGGCUGAGGUGACCAGGAUGAUGGGAGAUGUAGUCUGCAAUCACAAGGCGCCGGAUUGGGGAAGGCUGCACUAGGGAGGCUGUUGUUGGAAUCUUCUUGGAGAUGGCAGGACACUUCGUAUACUUUAAAAGCCCUUUAUCCGGAUCAGAAAUUUGGUGUGUGGCACCAGCCGUUGUGAUCUUCCUAACCCCCAAGGGUACACACUCCGUGUGCUGCUGUCCCACCACGCUUUAUGGUGAUUCAUAAUUUUGCCACUCCCGUCGUGCUCCCUCACAGAUAAAAGUGUGACAUCCACACCCUCGAUCUCCCAUGAAUGCUCAGAGGCCUCUCAUUGUGCCCUGGCUAGUGGAACAGUUGAAUGCCGAGCGAUAUCCAGGGGUAUCAUGGCUGAACCCAGAACACACCCAGUUUCGAGUGCCAUGGAAGCAUGGGUCCCGGCAGAACAUUACCAAUGAAGACUUCAGGCUCUUUGAGGACUGGGCCAUUGCCAGAGGCCGUUUCCGCCCUGGGAGGGACCAGCGGACCCCUUCAGAAUGGAAAAGAAACUUCCGCUCCGCCCUGAACCGAAAAGAUGGGAUUCAUGUGAUACAGGAUAACAGCACAGAUUCAGAAGAUCCCCACAAAGUGUUUGAAAUCCGUCUGAACACUACAUGUCAAAAUGACUAUGCACAGGAGGCAGCAAAUGCAAGGGGCGGUGAUGAGCCCCCUGUUCUGGUUACAAGCACGGGGGCCUAUGGAGGCAGUUCAUCUUCUAGCCAGGAUGAAAGUAUGCUGAGUUCCCUGGAUCUCUCCAGUACCACAGAAGCACUGAGAGAGGAAAACAAAGCUUGUCUGCCCCCACCCAGUCUGGAUCCUGUUCCACCCACAGACACAGUGUCACCGUUAGAACUCCACUCAGGGAACAAUAUAUUUGACACAGAUUUUGCAGUACGGGUCUUUUACCGGGGUCUUCUGGUCUCCACCAGUGUCUUCAGUAACGUCCGGGGCCUCCGCUUUGUACCUCCCGGCAUUCCUGGCUGCUGUCCUGAUUUGGCAGACGUGGUACUGCCCGAUCCAGCUAUUUUGAAUGACAAGCUGCAAGUUUCUUACACACAGCGCCUUCUACAAGGGCUGGCUCCUGGAGUGAUCCUCCGCAUAGAGGGGAAGACCCUGUGCGGAGCCCGCCAAGGCCCUUGCCGUGUCUAUUGGUGCCAUUCCGAGAUACCCGAAGAGGGAAUGUCGCAUGGAGAGCUACCAAAGGGACACACGGGCCCCAUCUACCAAUUGCAGCAGUUUGUGCAAGAACUGAUUGGAUACAUAGAAGGACGGAAUGGCUCCCCUAAUUAUGCUCUGUGGCUAUGCUUUGGGGAGCAAUGGCCUGACAGCGAACGCCCCUGGAAGAAAAAAUUGAUCAUGGUGGAAGUCAUCCCCAAGGCUUUGGAGGCUCUCCACGAGCUGGGCAAGGCCCAGGGGGCAUCCUCAUUAACCAGAGCUGAGCCAGACUUGAGAAUUUCAGACUCACUGCCACAGUCCCACUUUUUGGAACAUCUGCGAGAACUGGAAAUGAAGAUGGAGGUGCAGUACGGCAACUGACCGUUCAACAGCACAUCUGUUUCCCCCUGCCCCAUUUCACUGACAGGCACCCAUGGUCUUCUUUCUCCAGACGAUUUUGAAUUUUUCUACACUACUGCAGAAUGGCAUUUUCCCUCUUGCCUUUCCUGAGAUGGGAUGCAUAUGGACAGCUGAGAUGCAGUCCCUUCUGUGACGAGGGCUGCAGUUCCCUUGUAUACAUUCUCCAUUCUAGCAGCUGUUUGAUUCAGUUAUGGUGAAUUAGCGUCUAUGGUACUCUGAAAAUGAUCAACUGGUUUAAAAAAGGCUGCGGAGUGUUUCUUUUUCUCGUCUUGCUGGUGAUGUUCCGUGCAGUCUCAUUGUAAAUGGCGCAACAUAAUCCAAAGCACAACCUGAACAAAACCAAAUGUAUCUGGCCGUUUUGGUAAAGCCUGAUCCAGAUAACGUACUCAUGCUCACUACAAAUAAUACUUUCUGCUGCUUUU